AUGUCCCCAGUGUCCCCCAAUGUCCCCUGGCUGGUCUCCAGUGUCCCCAAUGCCCCCAAUAUCCCCAGUAUCCCAAUAUCCCCAGUAUCCCCUGUAUCCCAAUUUCCCCAGUAUCCCAGUAUCCUCAAUAUCCCAAUAUCCCCAGUAUCCCAGAUUCCCGGUGGGAUCGGCCUCUUCCCGAGGGGCAGCGGGGGCGGGGCCGCCUGGCUGGGGCUGAAGGACGAGGAAUUCCCGGGAUCCGGAGCCAGGGACGAGGAUUUCCCGGGAUUGGGACCCAAGGACAAGGAUAUCCCAGGAUCGGGAUCCAAGGACAAGAAUAUCCCAGGAUUGGGAUCCAGGAAUGAGGAUUUCCUGGGACUGGGACCCAAGGACAAGGAAUUCCCAGGACUGGAGCCCAAGGACAAGGAAUUCCCAGGACUGGGAUCGAAGGACAAGAAUUUCCCAAGAUCCGAACCCAAGGACAAGGAUUUCCCAGGACUUGGAUCCAAGGACAAGGAUCUCCCAGGAUUAGGAUCCAGGAAUGAGGAUUUCCCGGGAUUGGGACUCAAGGACAAGGAAUUCCCAGGAUUGGGAUCAAAGGACAAGAAUUUCCCAAGAUUGGGACCCAAGGACGAGGAUAUCCCGGGACUGGGAUCCAGGAAUGAGGAUUUCCCAGGACUGGGACCCAAGGAUGAGAAUUUUCCAAGACUGGGACCCAAGGACAAGGAAUUCCCGGGACUGGGACCCAAGGACAAGGAUUUCCCAGGACUGACAUCGAAGGACAAGAAGCUCCCAAGAUCAGAACCCAAGGAUGAGGAUUUCCCGGGAUUGGGACCCAGGGAUGAGGAUUUCCUGGGAUUGGAGCCACUGGCAGGAGCCAAUCCCGGCCCGGCCCGGGAGCAGAACUGGCUGAGCUCGGCCUUGGCCCGGAAAAGAGCCCAGGAGAGACAUUCCCAACCCUCCGGGAGCCCGGGAAAAGAGCCAGAGGAGGUGGAGGGGCUGGAUCAGCAUUCCCGGGAGAGCAAGAGAUGCCCUUCCCAGGACACCAUGCUCCAAUCCCAACCAUUCCAGAAAGAUCCAGGGGCUCUCCCAUCCCAACCAUUCCAGAGGGAUCCAGGAGCAUUCCCAUCCCAACCAUUCCAGAGGGAUCCAGGAGCUCUCCCAGCCCCACCACUCCAAGAUCCAGGAGCAUUCCCAUCCCAACCAUUCCAGAGGGAUCCAGGGGCUCUCCCAUCCCAACCAUUCCAGAGGGAUCCAGGAGCAUUCCCAUCCCAACCAUUCCAGAGGGAUCCAGGAGCUCUCCCAGCCCCACCACUCCAAGAUCCAGGAGCAUUCCCAUCCCAACCAUUCCAGAGGGAUCCAGGGGCUCUCCCAUCCCAACCAUUCCAGAGGGAUCCAGGAUCAUUCCCAUCCUGGCCAUUCCCAGCUCCAGGAGCAUUCCCGGCAUUCCCGGCCAAUCCCGGCUCCGGCUCCAUCCUGGGCACUCUCCCGGCACGGGUGGCGGAGCUCGAGCUCCAGGUCCGGGCGCUGGAGCUGGAGCGGAGCCUCUUCCUGGAGAGUCUCCAGAGGCGGCACCGGGACCUGGAUCUGCUGGAGAGCCCCCACAAGAGCCAAGGGAAGGUGGGGGAGGAGCAGCAGGAGAGGCCACGGAUUCUGAUACGGAGCCAGGAUGGGAGUCCCCCCCCGUGCCAGGAUCAUCCCCCAUCCUGGGAUCUGCCCCUCUCCAAGGAUCACCCCACGGCCCAGGAUCACUGCCAGGAUCCCUCCACGGCCCAGGAUCACCCCAGAUCCCGGGAUCACCCCCCGUCCUGGGAGCGGGAUGAGCAGCUCACAGCGCUCCAGGCCCGGCUGUGCCGGCAGCAGCAGGAGCAGAGCCGGCUCCAGGAGGCCUUGGCUGCCCUGGAAUCCCGGCUGGGAGAGCAGGAGCAGCUCCUGGAGCAGGAGCGCCGCAGGGCCGAGGCCGAGCAUUCCAAGGCGGAAUCCCUGCGGAAGGCGCUGGAGGAGCAGCGGCAGCUCUCGGCUCAGCUGCUCUCCAUGGAAAGGGCGGCGCUGGACGAGGCCAAGGGCGCGUGGCUGGAGGAGCAGCGGGCGGCGCUCCGGGAACGCUCCGAGGAGCGCAGGAGGCUGGAAAAGGCCUGGGCGGAAUUCCGGAGCCAGGAGAGGCUGAGCCAGGAGCGCUCGGAGCACCUGGAGUCGGCCCUGAGGAACCUGGACAAGGUGAGGGCGGGAAAAUCCCGUUUUCUUGGCGCUGGGGAAAGACGGGGGCAGAAAAAGAGCGGGUUUGGGGAGGGAAGGGUGUACAGGAAUAUGUUAAUUAUACAUUAA